AUGUCCCAACCCCCAGCCCACCCCCCCGUCCCCGUCUACGUCCUCGGCCACUACAACGAAGCCGCCCUCGCCCUCCUCCAAUCCACGCCCACCAUCUCCCCCGUCCUGUUCACCGACCCCGCCCACACCGCCUGGCCCUUGCACGCCGUCGCCAUCCUCAUCCGCGCCCGCACGCGCCUCACGGCCGCCGACUUCGCCGCCGCCCCGAAGCUCAAAUACGUCGUCAAGCAAGGCGUCGGCGUCGACGCCAUCGACCUGGCCGCGGCCGCGCGCCACGGCGUCCGCGUCUACAACACGCCCGCCGUCAACGCCGAAGCCGUCGCCGAGCUGUCGCUGGCGCUCGCGCUGGCCGUCGCGCGGCGCGUGUGCGAGAUGGACCGCGCGAUCCGGCGCGGCGAGCGGCUGCUGCGCGCCGAGUGGUUCUCCAAGAGCCUGUACAAGACGACGGUGGGCGUGGUCGGGAUGGGGAAUAUCGGCCGCGAGGUCGCCGCGAAGUGGCGGGGGGCGAUGCAGGCGCGGGUCGUGGCGUACGACCCCUAUUUCCCGGCGGAGGGCGGGUGGCCGGGGAUCGAGCAUGAGCGGGCGGUGACGCUGGGGGAGCUGUUGGAGGUGGCGGAUGUGGUGACGGUGCAUGUGCCGCUGACGGAGGGGACGAGGGGGUUGAUUGGGAGGGAGGAGAUGGCGCGCAUGAAGGAUGGGGCGAUUUUGAUUAAUGCGGCAAGGGGAGGCGUUGUGGAUGAGGAGGCGUUGUUGGAGGCGUUGCGGCGGAAGAAGUUUUGGGGCGUGGGGCUCGAUGCGUGCAAUGUGGAGCCGCCGACGCUGGAGGUGUAUCGCGAGUUUUUGGAGCAUGAGAAUUUGGUUAUGAUGCCGCAUGUGGGCGGGGAUACGGUGGAGUGUCAGAUUAGGAGUGGGUUGGCGGCGGUGGAGACGUUGAUUGAAGCGAUUGCAGGAGGUGAGCCGAAGGGGCGACAAGCUUGA